AUGAUAUCCAGUGUUGCUGGAAGCUCUCUCGACACGAACCGCCGUUCGGCGGACUAUGGGACAGAAGUACGACAAAGAAGAGAUGACUAUGACGAUGACUUGGUCACUUUCCAGUCCGAGAUUUCGAUGAAUGUAGACACUGAUGAAAGCGCCCAAAUCAUUGACCAUUCGGUGCUCAAAGGGCAGAGUAGAGAUGUACGAAUUCGACCGGUUUAUGGGCAGCCUACUGGUUCAUUUGAUGCCAUACCAUAUUGCCGGGUGGAUUCUGCUCACAACCGAAUUCAACUGAAUGUUGUCGUUUUCGUCAGAACAUUGGCUCACUGUGCUGCAAACAAUGCAGUUAAACGUAUCACAUUAGGGAGUUGA